AAUAAUUUCCCGCGGCAUUAAACGCGGCUUUGCACUUUCUCUCACAGCAAUUUUUUUCUAUUUUUAUUAUUAAAAAUUUAAAAUCAAAUUUUCUUUUCUCGCUCUUCUUUCUCGGGGAAAAUUGAUUUCGCCGUAGAAACUAAGAAAAGAAAAUAAAUAAAAAAGAAAAAUUCGAAACCCGUGAACUCUUUUUCCCUGCUUCAAAUGCAAUUUCUCUCUCUCUCUCUCUCUUUCCUAAACACGCUAACACGAAUACUCUACUCCUUCUCUCUCUCGACUAAACCAGUGAGGAAGCAGAGAGAGGCAAUGAAGCUUCAGAUCUCGAAGCAAUGAAGAAUCAAAGAAGCUGAAUCGAUCCGAAGAAGAAGGACAUAGACACAAAGAGUAGAGGAGUUAGAUUGAUUAAUGGAAUCGAUGAGAUGAAGUUCUACAUAUCAACGAAGGGAAUAAAGAGAGUGACGAUAUCGAACGGUACCGGCGCCGGAAAAGGAUCGGCAAAGACGACAACGGCGACAACCGGAAGCGCCUCCGGUCGCCGGAUUUCGGCUCGCACGGUGCUUCCGGUGGUGUUGGUGGUAGGGAUCGUGUUGCCGUUUCUCUUCGUAAGGAUCGCGAUCUUGAUGCUCGAAUCAGCUGCGGCUUGUUCUUCAUUGGAGUGUGCUGGGUGGAGGAUUUUCAGUGGGGUUGACACGUCACUGGAACUCAGAGAUGAGCUGACCAAAGCGCUAAUAGAGGCAAACGAUGGUAACGUUAACGAAGGAGCCGAGUCAUUCAAUGAACUUGUGAAAGAGAUGACCUCAAAACAAGACCUCAAGGCAUUUGCUUUAAAGACCAAAGCCAUGCUAUCAAAGUUGGAACGCAAGGUGCAAUCAGCAAGACAGCAAGAGUCAGUUUAUUGGCAUCUAGCGUCUCAUGGUGUUCCCAAAAGUCUACAUUGUCUUUGUCUAAAGUUGGCUGAAGAAUACGCUGUAAAUGCCAUGGCCAGAUCUCGUCUACCUCCUCCUGAAUUUGUAUCUCGCCUUGUUGACCCUACAUUUCACCACCUGGUUCUCCUUACUGACAAUGUCCUCGCUGCCUCUGUUGUUGUAACCUCAACAGUUGAAAGUUCAAUCAACCCAGAGAAUUUAGUUUUUCAUAUUGUUACUGACAAAAAAACUUAUGCUCCAAUGCAUGCUUGGUUUGCCACCAAUUCUAUUAAAUCAGCAGUGGUGGAAGUUAGGGGAUUACACCAAUAUGACUGGUCUGAAGAAGUGAAUGCUGGUGUUAAACAGAUGCUGGAAACUAAUCACUUAAUUUGGAAGCAAUUUUAUAAUAAGGAGAAGGACCUCUACCAUAGUCAGGAGCAUAACAGAUACGUGGAGGCUUUAAGGCCCAACAGCCUAUCCUUGAUGAAUCAACUCCGCAUUUAUUUGCCUGAGCUGUUUCCAGAUCUCAAAAAGAUAGUAUUCUUGGAUGAUGAUGUUGUAGUACAACAUGACAUAUCUUCUUUGUGGGAACUAAAUCUUCAUGGCAAAGCCAUUGGUUCUGUAUUCAAGUCAUGGUGUGGAGACAACUGCUGCCCCGGAAGCAAAUACGUGAACUACUUGAACUUUUCUCAUCCUCUCAUAUCGUCAAACUUUGACGGUGAUGAGUGUGUAUGGCUCUAUGGCAUGAAUAUAUUUGAUCUUGAUGCUUGGCGGAAAACAAACAUAACGAAGACCUACCAUCAAUGGUUGAAACUUAAUCUCAAUUCUGAGACUGCGUUGUGGAAUCCAGGAGUGCUUCCACCUGCCUUGAUUGCAUUUGAGGGUCAAGUGCAUCCUAUAAAUUCAUCAAUGCUUGUGACUGAUUUGGGUUAUCGCUAUCAAACAGAGGAAAUUAGCAAAGAGAGAUUGGAAGCUGCCGCUGUGGUUCAUUUCAGUGGCCCUGCAAAGCCAUGGCUUGAAAUUGGUUCCACACAGGUUCGAAGGUUAUGGAGUAGAUACGUAAAUAUCUCUAAUAAGUUUAUUAGGAAAUGUAGAAUUACAGGGUGAAGGUACAAAGUUCUUUCACCUCCAAUAUUUAUUGAGAUUCAACCAGUGAUACCGUAUGGGAUUAGAGGGAAGAAGGUUCUGCCUUCAGUCUCUGACUCUUACGCUCUGCACAGUAUAUCAGUUAUGCUACGCCAUGUCCAUAUAAAUAGUAAAUAGAUGAAGCCUACCCUACUGGAAGCAGUAUCUUCAAUUAAGAAAGAUAUAAUCAUCGAUGAUCUAGCUGCCUGACAAUACCGUAAAUUUCCUUAUGAAAAUUACCUUUCUGGAAUGGAGAAAUUAUUUUGCAUGAUUUGAAAUUUCAGUUAGAAGGUUCUCUAAGCCUCUUUACAUAAAAUUCUCAGAUAAUCACUUUACAUGCAGCUUGGGGUUCAUAACUUUGAUCUUGGAGGUGCUUAUUCAAGGAGCCUGACAAAUUAGGUUGUGCAUUUUUUUUUUGCUUUACAUCACUUCCACUCUUUUAUUCUCUUAUUGUGUAUAUGGAGAUAAUUAUACAAAAGACUAAGUAAAACAGAUGUUUAACAUCUGUACAGAUGUAUUUUCAACUCACUAAUUCGAAAACAGAACUCAUGCUGUUCUUCCUUAUUUUGGU